CACAGUACCGACCGCUGUCUGUCGAUCGCAGGUGUCAACGGAGCAAGCGUCCCUGCAGCGGCGAGUCAGGAAACCUAUCUGUCCCGUCGACAAAAACAUCAGUCCUCCGGAGUCGCCGGCACUACAGAACGGACGGCCUGACAAUGCUCGAAUGAGACCGUGAGCUCGCGUCUGUUGCCAGGGCAGGUUUAAGCGAGGAAGAGGGCGGCUUUCCGGGCUGUAGACAGCGGGCUCGCGGAGCGUCUUCAGCGGGGAGCGCUGCGGUCCUGCUGCCGCCGCCACCGCUACAGCUGCCGCUAAAAUGUUCGUACAGGAGGAGAAGAUCUUCGCAGGCAAAGUCCUGAAGGUCCACGUCUGUACAAUGGAGGGAUCCGAGUGGUUGGAGGAAGUCACGGAAGACACCACAAUAGAGAAACUCAAGGAGAAAUGCUUAAAGCAUUAUGUCCAUGGAAGUCUAGAGGAUCCUAAAACCCUUACACAUCACAAACUCAUUCAUGCUGCCACUGAGAGAAUUCUCACUGAAUCCAAAACAGUCUCUGAGGAAAAUCUUAAAGAUAAAGAUUGUUUAAUACUGUUAAAGAAAAGACCUCCACCAGCUCCACCAAAAAUGACCGACAUAUCUUCUGAAGAGAAGAAGAAGCAAGACAACAAAGCUCCAGAUAAGGAUGCCAUCCUCAAAGCCACAGCAAGCCUGUCCACUCGUAACACUGACCGUACAGUAACACAGCACAACAUCAGAGAUUUUCAGACAGAGCUGAGAAAGAUUCUAGUUUCGCUUAUCGAGGUCGCUCAGAAGCUGCUGGCUCUGAAUCCUGAUGCUGUAGAGCUUUUUAAAAAGGCCAAUGCCAUGUUAGAUGAGGAUGAGGAGGACCGCGUGGAUGAAACGGCCCUGCAGCAGUUGACUGAGAUGGGUUUCCCUGAGAGUCGUGCUGUGAAGGCUCUGCGCUUAAACCACAUGUCUGUGACCCAGGCUAUGGAAUGGCUGAUUGAGCAUGUUGAUGACCCCAUGGUUGAUGCGCCUCUACCAGGACAGGAGAGUCCAGGGGCAGCCGCCGCUGCAGCGCCUGCUCCAGGAGCCUCUGCCACAGCUUUAGCAGCCCGUGCUCGUUUGAUCUCCCAGGCCAGCAUAGACGAGGCCAAACAGGAUGAACUGACAGAGAUCUUUAAAAGGAUCAGAAGAAAAAGAGAGUUCAGACCAGACUCACGGGCAGUGAUUGCACUAAUGGAGAUGGGCUUCGAUGAGAAGGAAGUGAUCGAUGCUCUCCGCGUCAAUAAUAAUCAACAGGAUGCAGCUUGCGAAUGGCUGCUCGGUGACAGAAAGCCCAGUCCUGAGGAUCUGGACAAAGGCAUCGAUACCAACAGUCCACUGUUUCAGGCUAUCCUGGAGAACCCCGUUGUACAGCUUGGUCUCACAAACCCCAAGACUCUUCUAGCAUUUGAGGACAUGCUGGAGAAUCCGCUGAACAGCACACAGUGGAUGAAUGAUCCUGAGACGGGUCCCGUCAUGCUCCAAAUCUCCAGAAUCUUCCAGACACUAAACCGCACAUAAGCACACCUCAUCGCUGGAGCAGCCGGAACCACAGUGCAGGGGAAAAUGUAAAUCGUUUAUAAGAGAACUGUGUGAGUUUGUGUGUGUGUGUGUGUGUUUGUGGCUUAAUUAUUGUUUUAAGUGGGAAGUCACAGAUGAUGAAUGUAAAAAUACUAUGAUGACAUUUUCACAUCAUGAUAUACAGAGGAAAAUAUCUAUUUAUAACUUUACUCAAGACUUGUACAAAGCAGUAACAUAAAGAUAAAUCGCUAACUACAUUAUUUAGUUUUUUAUGUUUUAGGAAGAUCUGUUUUUAAUUAUGUUAAGCACAUGCUUUAUUUUAUAUCAUUUCCCUGUGUAACUGUACAAUUAGUCAUCUAAAAA